GCUCCAACAACUCUACCAUCUGCGCCGUCUUUAACAACACAGAAACAGGUCACUUCUACAGAAGCUACCCCCGCACCUCGCCUCCAAACAUUCGCCCCUUCUCCCACAAGAACCGUUCACAGUAUCUCCACAGAGUGCAUCAACAUCGAGCCACCACGGCCACCACCAACGGAAGCGAAGUCAAUUGGAACCAACAAAGCAUGCGUGGGCGUGCAAAUCAAGAUGGAGCCGGGGUCUAGAACGCAAAAGCCUGAUGGUAUGUUGGAGGAACCCACACACUCUGUCUUUCGUAACACUCGCAUAAAAGAAUCGGUUGCAUGCCAGACCGGAAGCGAGGCGUCUCUCGAGUGUAAAAACGAAAAAACGAUAGAAAUUAAACCUCGCGAUAGUUUUCUCCCAAUGAGAAACCAGGACAGAAGUAACAAGGUGUCCGAAGGAACUCAGCCCGACGGUCACGGACUGAAUCAGCGGGAUAAAAUGAUCGACGCUCGAUCACCUAUUCGUCCCAAAACCCAAGAACGACGAAGUGCCGGAUCGAACCAAGAGCAAGCUAAACUCGGCGCGAAGAGCCGCGAGAACGUUUCGACGGAGACUCCGAGCCAGAAGAGCGAGGCGGCGGUUCAGUGUCAGGAGAAGGAGCAGCAGCAGGAGGUCAAGACAAGCCAGGAAAUACGCGCCGCUCUCAGACAGGACCCGCAGAGCCGUCCGGCGCCCGUGCCGCGACGCCCGCGAGGCCGCGAGGGCGAGUGCCUGACCCUGCGCGACGCGCCCCCCGCCCCGCCCCCUUCCAGCACCGGCGCCGCCCAUUGGAAGGACAGCUCCUUCUCCUUCCCAGAGGUGGCCAGCACGGACUGGCCGCCCUGGCCACCCAAGGACAAGGAGCCCGGCGCCGCCGCCAAGGCUCCCGUCAAGGUCAGCACACGAUUGCCACCGGUGGGCUAA